AUGCUAGCGCUGUCUAGCGCUGUGCUCGCUCUACCAGCACCUGACGGAGAUGCUUGCACCUAUUUGGUCGACGCAAUAGUCUAUCAUUAUGACACUACCACGGAGACGUCUUGGACUACAAUUUCCCAAUCCACAACUUUCAUCGUAACGAACGACGCGAAAUCGACCUCGUUUCCCACUAGUAGCACGACUACAGUGACGCAGACAGCCGCUGCCGAUAAACGAGACUUGAAGGAUGAUGAAAUAACGACAGCCGCCGAAACGGCUGACGACAUCGUGGACUUGCAAAAACGCGACUGCACAAGGGUCGUCACCGGCACUAGUACCGCAGCUUCACUUAUGACGACGACGACUACCACCACUGCGACAGUAGAGGUCUUUACAGGUCCUGUUACAGUCGUUAAUCUACACUUGGAAAUAUUCCAAAUGAUCCUUUCGGAAGAAGCCAAAAUUCAUCCCCAUAGCUCUAUUCCCGUCUGGCCUAAUGACCGAACUCAAACACCCUGGACCAGGAGUUCAUGGAUUACGCAAAUGCCAGCCCGCACAUCCCCGCCAACCGUUUAG